AUUUUACUACCCCGAAGCUGGUGCCAGAGUUGCUUAUGCUCCUAACGAGGAUGUUGAGCAAAGCGCGAAACGUGGACUUAACCCAUACCAAUGCCAAUCUUAUUCCGAAUAUAAUGCAUUGAAAUUGCUACUUGUUGUUCGUGAUGUCGAGCGUUGUGCUGGCCACGGCCGGCUACGAUCACACUAUUCGCUUUUGGGAAGCCACGAGUGGCUGCUGCUACCGAACUCUUCAGUAUGCGGAGUCCCAGGUCAACAAGUUGGAAAUUACAGCCGACAAAACGCGGAUAGCAGCAGCGGGCAACCCACAAAUCCGUGUGUUUGAUGUCAACUCCAACGACCCUAACCCUCUUUUGACCUACGACGGACAUGCGGGAAAUGUUACAGCCGUUGGAUUCCACAAGGAUGGGAAAUGGAUGUAUUCAGGGGGCGAGGAUGGCACCGUGCGGGUUUGGGACACGCGCUCCCAGGUUUGCCAACGCACCUACGAGAGCCGCGCUGCCGUCAACUCGGUGGUGCUUCACCCCAAUCAGGGGGAGCUCAUCUCAGGCGACCAGACGGGUCACAUCCGCGUGUGGGACCUCACCGCCUCCGCCUGCUCCUGCGAGCUAGUCCCGGAAAUAGGCACCGCGGUGCGCUCCCUCACUGUGGCGCUGGACGGCACCAUGAUAGUGGCCGCCAACAACAACGGAACGUGCUACGUGUGGAGGAUGAUGAGGGGCGCCUCCCUGACCACCCACUUCGAGCCGCUGCACAAGCUGAAGGCGCACAGCAACAUCAUUUUGAAGUGCCUCAUAUCGCCCGACUGCCAACAGCUAGCAACCACCUCCGCUGACAAGACAGUCAAGUUGUGGAACCUUGACGGGUUCACUCUGGACCGCACCCUGGUGGGUCACACGCGGUGGGUGUGGGACUGCGUGUUCUCCGUGGACGCCGCCUACUUGGUGACGGCAGCCUCCGACAUGACGGCCCGGUUGUGGGACCUGUCGUCGGGGGAGGCCAUCCGGACGUACUCGGGACACCACAAGGCGGUGGUGUGCUGCGCGCUGAACGACUCGGCCAUUGAGGGAAGGGAUGCGGACGGGUGA